AUGCUGACACAUGCCGUGAAGGUGGACGAUCUUGUUACUACCAAAUCACUGGACAUUGUUAUCCCCCCAUUCCCAAAGGCGGGUAAAUACACCAUCACACUGUGCUUAUUCUCGAACUCGUACGUAGGGUCGAACAAGACUCAGGAAGUGGAG